AUGUUUGACAUCCACAAGACAAGAACCACUCCGUUCAACCCAAAGUCUGAUGGCAUGGUUGAAAGAUUUAACAAGACAGUGGUUGAUAUCUUGGCCAAGUAUCUGGAUCCCCUAUGUCAACAAAAGGACUGGGACAAGAAUCUACCAUUUGCACUGAUGGAUUACCGCAGCGCCGCCCAUGAAUCUAACAAACAAGAUGGUGUUCGGAAGAGAGCUAUGUAUAUGCCUGUUGAAGUGAUGAUACAGACUCCAUAUACCGACAGAGUUCAAGUUGAAGAAUAUCCCAUGAAAGUUAAAGAAAAUCUUUUAGAUAUAUGGGAUCAGGCGAGGAUCAACUUGAAAGAUGCCGGUCAUAGACAGAAAAAGAAUUAA